AGCUCCAAGAUGCAGAGAGAAAAACACAACGAAGUGAGGCUAAAAAUCAGAGUGUUUUUGACAAAUUUUCUGUUCUUAUUUGUCAUCUUCAAUCUUCAAUUCUCCUCUGUAAUUCCCCACUUCUCUGAAUCCCUUUCUGUCAUCAACUGUCUUCGUUUUUGAAGCAAAAAAAAAAAAAAAAACCCAGAAGGGUGUUUUUGAAAACAGGUGAUCCAGAAUAGAGAUCUAGGUUUUUGUUUCUCAAAAACCGUUGUGAAAAUUUUUUGUUUUAGUUUUUGUAUUUCAUCAACUAAAAGGGUUAAUUUUUGUUCCCUUGAAAGUUUUUUUUUUUUUUUCUUUUAAAUUUUUGUUGAUAUAUAAAACUGUUACCUGUUCUUUGAGUUUAGUUAAGAAACAGGUUUAGUCAUGGCAGCAGCUAUAGAUUUUUAUAAUAACACAACAUCAACACAGAUCUUUGCAGAUCCAUCGAGGGAAGAGUUAAUGAAAGCACUUGAACCUUUUAUGAAAAGUGCUUCUUCUUCUCAAAACCCAUCUUCUUUAUCUUAUGCUUCUUCUGAUACAGGUUGUAGCUUUUGGUCACCUGGCAUGUUUUCUCAAGGGUACAUGGGUUUUGGACAACAGGUUGGUUCAAUUGGCCUCAAUCAGCUCACCCCUUCUCAAAUCCUCCAAAUCCAAUCCCAAAUCCAUCUCCAACAACAACAAAUCCAUCAAUCGUCUUUGCCAACAUCAUCACUUUUCAGCCAAAGAUGCUCCUCCUAUCUCAGUCCAAAAGCUGUCCCAAUGAAACAUGUUGCCUCUGUCAAUACUACCAGUUCUUCCUCACCAAAACCCGCCAAGCUCUACCGGGGCGUGAGGCAAAGGCACUGGGGCAAAUGGGUGGCUGAAAUCAGACUCCCUAAAAACCGAACCCGUCUCUGGCUUGGCACAUUCGACACAGCCGAAGAGGCUGCUUUGGCUUAUGACAAAGCUGCCUUCAAGCUCCGAGGAGAAUUCGCCAGGCUUAAUUUCCCCCACCUUAAACACCACGGAGCUCAUGUUCUCCCUUCUCAUGUUCUCCCUUCUUCCGUUGAUGCAAAACUCCAAGCUAUUUGCCAAAGUCUGGCCACAAAUUCAUCACAGAAACAACAGUCCGCAAAACCCUGUGAAAGCGAAAGCGAAAGCGAAAUCGAAAUCGAAACAAAGCCGGUUGUUGUGGCUCCUCCUCCUCAAGCUCCUCCACCUUCAUUAUUAUCACCGGAGUUUUCUUCUGAUUCUGCAGGUUCUUCAUCUCCAGAGUCUCAGAUUUCCUUCCUCGACUUCAAUGACACAAAAUGGGAACUUGAAGGGGAGAACUUCGGAUUGGAAAAAUACCCUUCAGUGGAGAUUGAUUGGGAAGCCAUUAGAAAGCUGUCAGAGUAGUCUUAAAUUAAAUUAUGUAUUAGAUUUUGUAUGUUUUUAGAGUCAGUAGUGGCUUCUGCAAUGAAAUUUUUAACAAUUGCAGAGCAUGCUACUAGUAUGUUAAUAUGUGUAAAAGCUUAUAGAAGCUCUCUCUCCACCUUGGUCUAGCUGGUGUUUUUGCUUCCAUGCUUGUCCAUGGAGAGUUUUAAAUAUUAUCUUUCUCCUUUUUAAAGUUAAAUUAUGGUUGUGUAUUUGUAAUAAUUUUCCUUGUAAACAUCUUCAGCUUUGGAUAUUGUAGUAAUGAAUUAGUAUUGUACUUUUCUUUUGUA